GCUGGCAGGUUAGGGGUCGUACUGUAAGUGACAGCUGGUGACGUGGAACUGCACGAGGGGUUGAAUUUCAGGCAACGCCGGGGAUCUGCGGCCUCUCGGCCCUAUAGUGAUUUAAAGGUUCCCUGGAAACUUGCUAACCUCCCGGGGCCCCGGUCCUGGUAACCUCCCGGGGCCCCGGUCCCGCUGGGAUCUUCCUCUUGUUUCAUGGGAUUCCAUGCGUUCGGGAAUCGGGAGGCCCUGGGAUUUGUAGGCGGCUGCGGCGUCACUUCACCGGCUAGGGGUUGGUCAUUAAGCUCUGACAUCGUUCUGACCUCACUACGUGAGUGGGGGUGAGAAAGUGACGUGCUGUCGCCCCUUUUAACCCUCCGAUCUCUUGGACCUUUCUGUUGGGACUCUGUGACUACCCGGCCCCUGAAACCCUCUGACUUCUCCUCAGUGACAUGGCGGGACUGGAAUCGGUGGCCAACGUCAUCCUCCGCGUCCCCAGCAUCGUCCUCCUGGACCUGCUGUACCGCUGGGACGUCGAGGGGUCCGCGCACCUCAGAUGGCCGUUAUACGGAACAACGUUUCUCAAGUCUGACUAUCUGUGGAACGUUUAUUACUUGGGUCACCUGGGCUGCGCGGUGCUCUUCCUGCUGCCGCUGCGAUACCUGGUGAGGAUCUACCUGCACCUCCUCACGGCUCUGCUCCUGCACGUGGCGCACCAGACGGCCAGGGAUUACAUACACCAGGAAGUGGAUUCUGGCUUCAUCGGUGCUGCCUACGAGGACCCCGACACCCUGAGCCGAAACGUCAGCACGCUCACCGGUCUGGUGAUAGUCGGCACUCUGUGUUCUCUGCUCCAGAGGACGCGUCACGCUUGGCUGUUUAGUGCCCCGGUGCUGCCGCUUUUGGCUCGGUUAGCUGGACUCCCUCUCCACGCUCUGCCCCAUCUCUACACCGUCUCGGUGACGCUGACCCUGAUGGUGGUGGUCUCUGUCCUCGUAUCCAACCUGGGAGCGAUGCUUUGCCUGUGCAGGAAGGCAUGUGAAGAAGUGGCGCAGAUGCUGGAGGGCUACAGACUGGUGGCCCUGGGGUUGUCUCUCUGGACUCGGCUGGCGGUUCCUGUGCUGUUCCUGGUCUUCUGGCUGGUGAUGUUCAGCCUCCACGUGUUCUCGUUCCUGUCCUCCAAGCCGGGAGCGUUCAGUAAACAAGGCCUGCUCUUCAUCUUCCUCAGCAGCGUUGCGGAGUGUUGCGGGACCCCCUACAGUCUCAUCGGCCUGACGUUUACCGUCUCUUACUUGGCUUUGGGAAUUCUUAACCUCUGCAGGUUCUACCUGGUGGGAUACUCAGCCUUUCAGAACGGCAACGUCAUGCACAGAGGCGUCACUGAGGGCGUCACGUUGAUGCUGUUGGCUCUUCAGACCGGACUUCUGGAUCUCCAGGUCCUUCAGAGAACCUUCCUCCUCAGCAUCAUCUUCUUCAUCGUAAUCACAUCCACCCUUCAGUCCAUGAUAGAAAUCGCUGACCCCGUGGUGCUGGCACUGGGGGCCACGAGAAACAGAAGCGUGUGGAAGCAUUUCCGCGGGGUCAGCAUGUGUCUCUUCCUCUUGUUUUUCCCGUGUUACAUGGCGUUCAAGAUCUCCCAUUUGUUCCACAUGGAUUUCUGGCUGCUGAUCCUGUUGUCCAGCUGCAUGCUCACUUCCUUGCAGGUCCUGGGAACCCUGUUUAUCUACAGCGUCUUCAUGAUCGAGCUGUUCCAAGACAGUCCGGUGGAGAAGAUGGACGAGAUCAUUUACUUUGUGAACGCGGUGAGCCGCGUGCUGGAGUUCGUGGUGGCGCUCUGCGUGGUGGCCUACGGCGCCUGGGAGUCCAUCUUCGGAGAAUGGAGUUGGAUGGGGGUGUCGGUCAUCAUCGUCCAUUCUUACUUUAACGUCUGGUUACGGGCGCAGACCGGCUGGAAAAGCUUCCUCCUGAGAAGAGAGGCUGUGAGAAAGAUAAACUCUUUGCCCCAAGCCACCGAGGUGCAACUGAGAGCCCACAGCGAUGUCUGCGCCAUCUGCUUCCAGGACAUGUCUGCGGCUGUCAUCACCCCUUGCCACCAUUUCUUUCAUGGGGAUUGCUUGCGGAAAUGGCUGUAUGUCCAGGACACCUGCCCCAUGUGCCACCAGAAGGUGAAGCCACCUACCCCGGGGAGGUGUGAUGGAGAAUCCCAGGCCCGCCACGAGGACGGAGAAGAGGAGGACGUUCUGACUGAUGUGGAGGAAGCCGGCUCCACGGAAGGAAGCAUGGCAGAGGAUCUUUCAGAUACAAAGACAGAAGACAAGAUGGCAGACGGAGAAGAUGAAGAGGAGGACCGGCGUGAAGUGGGGGGAUUAGACCUGGAGGGUGAAAACGGUCUCCAUGCGAGAAUGAGUGACUGAAAGGAAGGCUUUGGGAGUCAUGCUGGGCACACGAAAGAAUGGGGUCUAAAGCCCUCAUUCCAACCCCCAAAGGAGCACCGGCUGGAAGCUGCUUCAUCGCAAGCAUCUAACGCCAGAAUGGGAACGUUAUACUGGAGUAAAGC